CCGUAGCUUGUGAAGGGUAGAGCCGUGGGGAGCAUGCAGGGCAACGGGCAGCAAGCGGUGGCGGGGAAGGGCCAUGAAGACCACCUCGGCGGGGUAGGGGCAGCUGAUGGUGGGCUGCAGGGUGCCGCCGUGCCUAUGCUGCCGGCCAUGGAGGUGGCCGAGGAGCCGGAGAAAGCUCCGGGUGGCAAGAAUAAGGACCCCAACACGUACAAAGUGCUCUCCCUGGUACUCUGUGUUUGCAUGUUAACGACAAUCCUAGGAUGUAUAUUUGGCCUGAAGCCUAGCUGUUCAAAAGAUGUGAAAACCUGCAAAGGUCGUUGCUUUGAAAGGACCUUUGGAAGCUGCCGUUGUGAUAGAGAUUGUGUCAAGCUUGGAAACUGCUGCUUAGAUUACCAGGAAGCAUGUAUACAACCAGCCCACAUAUGGACCUGCAAUAAAUUCAGGUGUGGAGAGAAAAGGCGACUGGAAUAUCAUUGUUCCUGUUCAGAUGAUUGUGUGGAAAAUAAAGAUUGCUGUGUCAAUUAUCGUGCUGUCUGUAAAGGAGAGGCAAGCUGGGUUGAAGAAGAGUGUGAGGACAUUACUGAACCUCAGUGUCCAAAAGGAUUUACCAAAUCUCCAGUGUUACUAUUUUCAUUGGAUGGCUUCAGAGCAGAAUACCUGCAGACUUGGGGCGGACUUCUACCUGUUAUUAGCAAAUUACAGAAAUGUGGAACAUAUACUUCCAGUAUGAGACCAGUGUAUCCUUCAAAAACCUUUCCCAAUCAUUACUCUAUUGUCACAGGUCUGUAUCCUGAAUCUCAUGGUAUAAUUGAUAACAAGAUGUAUGACCCCAAAAGAAAUGCAUCCUUCACCCUUAAAAGUGAAGAGAAGUUUAAUCCACAGUGGUACCAAGGGCAGCCUAUUUGGCUAACGGCUAUGUACCAAGGUUUAAGAGCUGCUACGUUCUUUUGGCCUGGGUCAGAUGUAGCAGUUAAUGGAACCUUUCCAAACCUGUAUGAAAAAUAUAAUAGCUCAAUCCCCUUUGAAGAAAGGGUGGUAACUGUUCUCCGCUGGCUGCAGUUACCUGAAGAUGAAAGACCACACUUUUACACUCUGUAUUUAGAAGAACCAGAUUCCUCGGGCCAUAUGUUUGGACCAGUAAGCAGCGGAGUCAUUAUGGCAUUACAGAGAGUGGACAACAUAGUAGGGAUGCUGAUGGAUGGUCUCAAGCAAAUGAACUUGCAUAAAUGCCUGAACAUUAUUUUCAUAUCAGAUCAUGGGAUGGAAGCAGGGAGCUGCAGAAAAACAGCAUAUCUGAACAGCUAUCUGGACAAUGUUCAAGAUUUCAUGGUAGUACCUGGUCCUGCAGCUCGCCUAAGACCUAAUAAUGUUCCAGAUGAGUAUUUCUCUUUUAAUUAUGAAGGCAUUGUCAGAAACCUCACAUGCCUAGAACCAAAUCAGCCUUUCAAAGCUUACAUGAAACAGAUGCUACCCAAACGUUUCCAUUAUUCAUAUAAUGACCGGAUUGAACCAUUGCACUUCUAUUUAGACUCCCAAUGGCAGCUUGCUAGGAAACCGCUUGAGAUUAAAAGAUGUACAGGUGGAUUCCAUGGUUCAGACAAUCGCUUCCCCAGUAUGCAGGCUAUCUUUAUUGGGUUUGGACCAGGAUUCAAGUUUCGUACUAAAGUUGAUCCAUUUGAAAACAUUGAAGUAUAUAAUUUAAUGUGUGAUUUGCUUGAUUUGAAACCAGCCCCAAACAAUGGAACUCAUGGUCGCCUAAACCAUCUGUUAAGGAAUACUGUUUACACACCCCAACAUCCCACAGAAACAAGCCAUCCUUCUGAAUGUUCUUUGGUGGGACAAAGAGCCUUCUCAGUGAGCCUUGGCUGCUCCUGCAGGACAGGGGGCUUGCCAGUAAAGGAUUUUCACCAGCGUUUAAAUCUCACUGAAAAAGAAGUUAAGAAGAUAGAGGAGCUUACUUUGCCCUAUGGACGGCCCAGGGUUCUGCAAAAGAGCCAUAAUUACUGUCUUCUUUACCAUUACCGCUAUGUGAGUGGGUACAGCAAGGACUACAGGAUGUCUCUGUGGAGUGCAUACUCUGUUAACAAAAAUGACAAAUGGGUUUCUGAUACAGAAAAUACCUCCAGUUGUUUACACAAGGAUGCUCGUAUUUCUUUUAAUCAUAACCAGACGUGUUUGUUUUACAACAAUCAUCCUCGCCUAACUUAUGGAUUCCUUUCUCCUCCAAAUUUCAUGAUAGAUGGAAAAAAACAUCAGUAUGAUGCCUUGCUUACUAGCAACAUUGUGCCAAUGUAUCCCGCAUUUAAAGUGUUAUGGAACUACUUUCAUCAAUACCUGCUACCUGAAUAUGCUGCAGCCAGGAAUGGUAUCAAUGUAGUCAGUGGUCCUGUGUUUGAUUAUGACUCUGAUGGGCUCUAUGAUACUCCAGCAAAAGUGAAAAGACACCCCAGUAAUUCAGAAGUUCCAGUUCCGACUCACUUCUUCAUUGUGCUGACUAGUUGUAAAAAUACUUCUGAAACUCCUCUGGACUGUGAAGGGUCUCUAGAUGUCUUGCCUUUCAUUGUACCUCACAGAGAAGACAACAGUGAAAGCUGUGCAGAUGGCAAAUCUGAGUCCAUGUGGGUUGAAGAGAGAAUGAAGUUUCAUACAGCUCGGGUCAGAGAUAUAGAAUUACUUACUGGACUCAGCUUCUAUCAAGACAGAAAACAGCCAGUAGCUGAAAUUUUACAGUUAAAAACAUAUUUACCAGCUUUUGAAAGGGUCUGAUUUUUUUUUUUCCCUAUGGAAUGUUGUUAUCCAUUUCACAACUGAUUUGUAAAUAGACUGGUUUUAAUUAAUGAAAACUUUUUUUUU